AUGGACACCAUCAGGGCAGAGCUGGCGGUCGCAUCAUCGGAGGCCCAGGCAUCAUGGGCAUGUGGCCUCCCAUGGGUGGCCUCAUCCCAGGGGCUGGUCCCAUCGGCGUCAUCCCGGGAGAAGGGGGGCCCAUCACGGGCAUCAUGGGAGGUCCUCCCAUAUGGGGUGCUGGCGUCAUACCAGGGCGAGGAGGACCCAGGAGACUUACGUGGAGUGGAAAGUGGUAGAGGACCAAAGCACGGGCACCGGGACGCUGCCAGCACCUCCAAUCUUGCGGACCCAGCUCCCAGGACCUCACGGCGCCGCCGAGUCCGCCGACUUCCGCUUCGUCACUUCCGGGUGCAACCCGCACUUGGGUCCGGCCGGGCGCUGGCGGCAGAGGGUUCCUCCUUCCGGGUGCAGACUGCUCCGGGCUGCCCCUUCCGUGGGCCCAGCGGGAGGGACAUGAGUGCUCCUGGGUCACCGCCCCCAGACGGGGUCCCGACGGGGUUUCCUGGCGAGCCGACACUGGGGCCGCGGGCCGCUUCUCCAGAUGAAGGCUUAGUAGAGGACCGGAUGGUGGAGGACAGAGCCGUGGAGCAGCUGGCGGAGGGUCUGCUUUCGCACUACUUGCCGGACCUGCAGAGAUCCAAGCAAGCCCUUCAGGAGCUCACACAGAACCAGGUUGUGUUAUUAGAUACACUGGAACAGGAGAUUUCAAAAUUUAAAGAAUGUCAUUCAAUGUUGGAUAUUAAUGCUUUGUUCACGGAAGCGAAGCACUACCACUCCAAGCUGGUGAAUAUAAGGAAAGACAUGCUGCUGCUGCACGAGAAGACGUCCAAGCUGAAGAAGAGAGCACUCAAACUGCAGCAGAAGCGACAGAAAGAAGAGCUGGAGCGGGAGCAGCAGCGGGAACGGGAGAUCGAGAGGGAGAAGCAGCUCACCGCCCGGCCGGCGCCCCGGCCCUGAGGCCGCCUGCCCCUGUCCUGCUGGCCGGCACAGGGCCUUGGAGCUCCACGCCGCUCGGGCGCCCUUCCCG